CUUUGCCGGAUGGUUGCCGAUCAAUUGCUUUGGCGGUGGAGAAGGAAAAAAGGAUGACUGGGAGCCAGAUAUUGGUGGAGGAUUCUACUGUGAGAUUGAGACAGUGACUCUAAAUGGCCCUGACUGGGAAGGAAAACAUGCCAGGGGUCUUGCCCCUUCCAGGGAAGUAUGCAGAGAUGGGACAGAAGGAGCGUCCCUUGAGCACCCCCAGCAGCAAGAUCCCGAUUCUCUCUAAAAGCCAGCUUCCCUCGGAGCUGAAGCCAUUGCAGCAAGCAUGCUCGUCCGCUGUGAAGACCAAAGGUCUCAAGAUGUCCAAGGUGUCUUCUGUUGGUGUGCCAGUUGUGGAACCAGCAGCUGGGGUUCUCUCCAAGAGCCAUUCCAGAGAGCCUCUGGGGGAGAUGCAGCUGAGUGCGUCCGGCCAUAGGAAUGUGUUGGAAGGUGGAAAUGCAAAUGGCAAAGGAGCCAGUGCAGUGGAGUUUGUGCCUGACGCAGAGGCCCUUGCCAGCAUCCUGUCCGACACAGGGCUGUCUAAUCAGGUGGUGAGUGCAACCCACAAGCCCAGCCUGGCCCGGCGGGUACCCCUGUGGGGUAAUAGAGCAUGCUCCUCCAGCAGUGGGACAGGCCGAGGCUCCCUGUAUGCAGGAGCUACCGUGGUGAAUCCUGCCCACAUGUCCCAUCUUUCCAGAUCAGCACCAAAAGAUGUGGAUCUCCCUCCAUCCUGUAGUCUGGCCCUGAAUGCUCAGCAACUGAAGACGCUGUCUGCAACGCUUGGGAACCUUGGGCCUGGGGUGGAGACAAAGGACGACCAACCAAUGGAGAACCUGCAAGCAGACAAAUGUAAAGAUUCAGUAGCCAGACCCAAGACAGAAUGUCUGGGCAGCAUCACUGAGGCUGGUCCUGUGAAGCAAAGCAACUUGGCUUGCGGUAAGGAAACCACGGGAGCCUUGUGGACAGAAGAAGAGUUUGUACCGGAUCCCGCUGCCAAAGCCAGCAUCUUGUUGAACAUUGGACUGAGCCAUUCAGCCCUUGGGGCUGGCAACAAGCUGAGUCUGGCCAGGCGAAUCCCAAUAAAAGACGUUCAGAAGCCGCCUGUUUGUGGCAGCAUCAGGGGUGGAAAUGCCUCUCUUCCAGGGUACCGGAUGAGUGCUCCCCCAACAGCCAAGUUUGGCCGCGUGUCCUGCCGUUCCACCCAGGGCCUUAAAGGUCUCAAGGAGUCAGGGGCUUUUGGAGGACAGCUGCCCAUCACGCCUGGCAACAGAUGUUCUGCUGUGGAUUAUUCGCCGAGUGGUCUAGCCAGGAGGGUUCCCAUUGUGCAAUCACAGCCCUCGCAUUUCAGACCUUGGAGAUGUAACCGUGCAGUUUUGUCUUCUUGCAUUGCUAAGCGGACAGGUAUCCGGUGCCUGACAGAAACACCACAGACUAAAUGGAUGGGUGGGGCCACCCCACGAUGUACGGGCAUUGUCAGCUCCAAGAAAGAUGGCAGUCCUGUGUGCUGGGAGAAGAUUGCAGUGUGUCUCUUUGACGAUGGUCUAGAGGCACCAGCAAAGAAAAUGCCUGCUGCUUGUGUCAUCCCCUCGGACAUGGGGAAACUCCAGCGUGUUGAGUUUCUUGCUCGGCUCCUGCAGCAGGAAGUUAAUGGCGGCAUUGACGAGGUGACCCCCUCACUGGAAGAACUACACAAACUGUUGUUGGUUCACUGCUCACCUGCUUUGGAGGCCCCCGAGCCUGACCUCGUCACCACGCCUUCACAAGAUCCUACCCCAAAGCUUGGCGAGCAGACAGCUGUCUCUGUUGCUCCUGUAGCACCUAUACCCGACACGACGUUCACCACUGCCAACUCACAGCCUGCCUGUUCUGUCCCCUCUCCAUCCAGUGCCAACAAUACAGGAUUUACUGCUGCCUCUUCCUCUUCAUCUGUGGCCCAUUUCAAGCAACGCCUGGAAAAUCUGCUGGAUGCGCCUCGUCGUUUCCACGAGGACUGCCUGAAUGACGAAUGUGCCUUCUAUAUGUCCCGCGUCACCACCUUCACCCAGCCUUCAGUGCCACGGUGCCAGGAGCCUGUUGCGAAACUGCUGGAUGCUCAGGAUGCUAUGCACUUUAUCCCCAUCUCUUCACCUCAGUCUCCCUUCACGGAAGCAGAGAGGUCUUUGCCUUUAUGAUGGUCUGAGUCCUUGACCACCUGGGACCACCAGCACCAAGGCGGCACACCGAAGUUCAUCCGUGAAGCGCCUCCUUCGCCGACUUGACAGGUUGAAAGGUUCCCCCCCCCUACAGUUGUACUGCCCCUGGAAUCUCUUUCUCACUUCCAACAAAUCCCCCUGGGACUCCAAAUCUCCGUGACUCGAUUCCCUUUUUUGGGGCGGGAGAGCCGGGGACUCCUGA